CAUACAGGGACUGGGCACCUAUAAGCUUCGGGAAGACUUACGGAUGUCCUUAAUGAAUUCCUUGGAUACUUGAUUUCAACAGUCAGAGCUCGCUCAGCAUGGCCUCCCAACUGCUUCCUCUCGAGCUGAUUGACAAGUGCGUUGGGUCAAGAAUAUGGGUCGUCAUGAAAGGCGACAAAGAGUUCUCCGGCACGCUGCUUGGAUUUGAUGACUAUGUCAAUAUGGUCCUCGAGGACGUGACCGAAUUCGACUACAGCGGCACGCACACGAAGAUUUCCAAAAUCCUUCUCAACGGCAACAAUAUUUGCAUGUUGAUCCCUGGUGGUGAAGGUCCGGUAUAAGGCCUGGACCGUGAUACCAGCAGUUGCAUGCGAGCGAGCAGCUACCAAAGCAUGGAGAUUUAGACCAUCGUGCAUCUAUGAGAAAGAGGACGAGACACGGCUACUAGUGUUAACUUUGUGGUCGCCGGGGGUUAUUCGAAAACCUUGCUUCAGCGGCAAUCUAGUUGUAGCUCCUGGUCGCUUGAGACGCUCUACCUCGAUAGGUCUAAGUCUGCCGUAUGUGUUUGGACAACGGAUGGUGUCCUCUGGAUACUUCCAUAAUAUGGCAAUGGAACGGUCCUCUCGCAAUCCCUCCUGCACCAACAGUUAACCCAGGGCUGGCACGGAAGAAUGGGAAGACGGUCGGGCAGCGAAUCUAUCAGGAGAGGUGGUGAUGGACUCUGGUCAACACCACAUGUUUACAAUAACUAUUUCUCUCCAAACCCCAA